AUGGCCGCCAGCGAGUUUGCGCCCAAGUUCGCGCCGUUCCUCUCCUUCUGCAUCAAGACUAACAAGCUGCUCAUGAAACUAGGCCGGAAUUGCUUCUGCAGUGAGUUUCAAAUCGACCUCCAGGAUCCUGAACAAGCUCCCUCGCUAACGCCUCCUUCUCCGAAGAUGAUCUUCGGAUGCGCAGGAGCAGCUUAUGGCACAGCAAAGGCCGGUGUCGGUAUCGCCGGUUCCCUGAUUCCCGUCGUCAUGUCCGGUAUCAUUGCAGUUUAUGGCCUGGUUAUCGCAGUCCUUAUCGCACAAGCACUUCGACCGGGAGAAGGCAACGAGAUGUUUGGCAGUUUAUACGAAUCCAUUAUGCAUCUGGCGGCAGGAUUAUCAGUUGGCCUCACGGGCUUGGCUGCAGGAUACACAAUUGGUACUGUUGGUGAUGCGGGUGUCCGAGCGUACAUGCAACAGUCCCGCGUCUAUGUGGGCAUGAUCCUGAUCCUCAUUUUCGGUGAAGUUCUUGGCUUGUAUGGAUUGAUUGUUGGUUUGAUUCUGAACUCCAGGUCUUGA